GUAGGUCGCUACGAACUGCCGGUACUACCCGAUUCCAACGGGCGCGUACAAACGUAUCAUGCUGGGUAGGGCCGGUGCCGAGAUGCCGGCUUGUAAACGAAACCAGUUUGCUAUCCGAUACGAUCCAGGCAAGAGCGGCCUCGCGCGAUAUAUCCACGAGCGAAGAUCGCUGGUACCAACGAGGAUCCGCACUCUCGGUGAGAGAGGCACCAGGAUGUGGGGAUAGAAAAUCACCUGACAUCGAGGACAGAAGAGAACGCGAGUCCUCGAGAAGAUCCCAGCUAGAAGUAGGCAUUCCUUCGUAAAUCAAAAAGCAUCUGAGAACAGGAACGACACGUCAUUGCUCCUCUAUCGGCUGAGACUUCUCGUUUAGUUAUCGUAUCUCGUAAGAUCGUUGAAGAAUAUCUGAAUUCUUUACAAGGGUGUCUUCGAAGUUAUUGCCUGGAUCGUGUUCGCGUUUCGAUGAGGGAAGAAGAAAGAGGAAGAAGAAGAGAAAGAAGUCGAUAGGAGACAUUGCGUAUAUGUACGUUGGUUUUUCUUCAUUGUGUAAGAUAAGUGUAAUUUAGUGGACUGUCCAGUGACUAACGAAAUCGGUAGAAGAUAUUAACGAACGACAGAAAUGAUCUUCGCGAUCGAGCCUUAGUGAAAUUUUGUUUUCCACCUUGUUCGAGAAAGGAAGGAAAGAUAUGAGUCAUCUGACAUGAGAGGCACGAGAAGAAAGUACAAAUCGGAACGGCGGGAAUCCUGAGACAAUGACGAAGGCGGUAACAACAUCGAUGCUCUGAAAAGCAACAAGAAAAACCAAAAGAACAAAAGUUGGCAAGAAGAAACGAACAAAUUAAAAGGCACAUUCUCAGACAAUCUUUCGUUGAUAUAAUCGGUUCGUGAAACUUUCGGGCUCGAGAUGUCGGCAGUAGCACCAGCUGGAACCGGUGCUACGGCGCCAACAACAAACGGCCCGAUUGUUCCCGCUCCGGUUUUUGCCUUACCGACGUUGUCCUUCACCGUCGGCCAGGUUGCAACGGUUUGCGAAACAUUGGAAGAGAGUGGGGACAUCGAAAGAUUGGCUAGGUUCCUUUGGAGUCUUCCCGUUGCACAUCCUAACAUCCAAGAAUUGAAUCAGAGCGAGGCAGUGCUCAGAGCUCGUGCGAUAGUUGCCUUUCAUUCGGGACAUUACAGAGAACUCUAUAAUAUCUUAGAGAGACAUAAAUUCACCAAGGAUUCUCACGGCAAAUUGCAAGCCAUGUGGCUCGAGGCACAUUAUCAAGAAGCUGAAAAACUUCGUGGUAGACCUCUCGGCCCUGUCGAUAAAUACAGAGUACGAAAGAAAUUUCCAUUGCCAAGAACGAUUUGGGACGGCGAACAAAAAACUCAUUGCUUUAAAGAAAGAACUAGAUCAUUGCUAAGGGAAUGGUACCUUCAGGAUCCUUAUCCCAAUCCUGGAAAGAAGAGAGAACUUGCUGCUGCCACUGGUCUAACACCGACGCAGGUUGGUAAUUGGUUCAAAAACCGAAGGCAGAGGGAUCGUGCUGCUGCAGCAAAGAACAGAAUGCAGCAACAAUCGGGCCCAGGAAACGGAAACGCUAGGCGUGCAUUGAGUCCAGGACCAGGUGGUAGCGACUCCGAGGAUUCUGAUAUUUCUCUUGGAGGAACAUCGCCACCAUCGCCGAGUUCCUCUCCUCCUCCUACUCAUCAACCAUCUCCUGUACCAUUGGGUCCUCUCGGUCCACUUCCACCACCCUCCCUAAACUUCCGUUUUGAUCCGACUCAGUCACAAUUCCGAUUUGGUCACGCGACGGCCUUCAAAUUCCCGCCAGCUGGUUUCCGGUUUGGUCCGCAUAGUCCACAGCAUAAUCAUCCGAACAUCGCAGGUGGAGGGAUUUUUAGGUUGGCCGAAAGUAGCCCCUUUCAAGCCGUAGGACCUAGAGGUGACCUUGGCUCCAGACUACCAGAUCCACUUGGGCUACCACCGCCAAGGCUACACCCUCACGAUGGAUUGUUACAUCAUCCACACCCACAACAUCCUUUACCCGAGGGAAUAUCUAGGAUAUCCGAGGGCUCCCGGCUAUCCGAUGGACUCUCAGAGGCUCACAGUCCGCCACUGAUGGCGACGAAUCUGUCGGUGACGGGUCCUUUGAGAGUGGCCGUGCCUAGUCCACACACGCCAUCCUCCAGAGGUAGUCCAUCCUCGAAUCAGCAGACUCCUCAGGGGCAGGCUCAAGGUCAAGGCUUGAUAAGGGUCGCUACUCCGCCGCCUAAUCCAAAACCGCCGCAAAUUCACAGGCCGUUUUCGCCGGCGUGAUACGACAGGACGAGCGAGAACGAAGACAUCAUUUCGGAAAAUGUGGAAGACGAUCGUUCGUCGAUAUCGAGGUACGAGUCGAAUAUCGGCGAAGACAUUCAGCAAAGACGUUUCGAGAUCUUGUGAGGAACGAUUCCUCGAAAGAAUCAAAGUGAACUUCCGUACGAAAGAAAUCUCUUUCGAGGAUAGUGACGAGCCGAUAGAGGGGGGUGGCACGAGAACGGGGGAUGGUGAGGUGGGAGGGAGGGAAUAUUUGUGGAUUAGGAAGAAACUUUGCCGCGCGAGAGAUUUAAACAAGAACGAGAGUGAGAACGAACCGAUUCUCUCGCGAGGUUCCGAGAGGUUUCCGAAGGAGUCUUACGAUGAAAGGGAGAAAAAAGGCCGUUGUGCGGGUCGAUUGAUUCGCGAUCGACGAUUGACGAUGUGAGUGAUAUAAUUUUAGAACGAACAAUUGGAUCGUGUUGAAUCGAUCGCACAAAAGAGACGAGUGCAAUAUCUCGAUUUCGGACGGGAUGGGAUGGGACGAAGGGUGGCGAGGAAGAGGUGAGACGAAGGAGAAGGUGGAAAAGGAGAGGAAAAUAUAUGAUUGAUAUAUAAUUAGAUUAUAUAUCAUUGUGUGUACAUAAUUGAGAAUAGAUGAUUUCGUCGAAAAUUCUUACGAACGAUCUCGUUUCACAAUUAACGAUUGUUUCCAAUGAGAAUAGGAAACUUUCUAUGUUUGUGUAACAUUUUCUUGGGUGAAAAGAGUUACGCGGCUUGUAAAUAGCGUUUGAAAGAGAUCGGUAGAUCGAUCGAUCAAGUGUACGACAUAUAUUAUAUAUAUAUAUAUAUAUAUACAUAUAUGUGUGUAUAUAUAUAUAUGUACAUAUAUAUAUAUACCCACAUAUAUAUUUCAAAUAUUAGAACGUUCUUCUUUUUGCACGGCGUCAUAUUCCUCACGAUGAUACGAGCGACGUCACUCGAUGGACAUCAAACUUGCGAUUUAAUUUCGAAAAAAUAUGAAAAGGCAAAAAAAAAGGAAACAUUAACUUUCGACUUUGUAUGUUUUGCGAUUAGCUCGUCCGAUCGUCUCCGUUCACUUGACGCAACCCUAACGUUACUCUUUCCUUAUUAAAUACGACUAUAGUUCGACGUAUACCGAGAGUGACUAUAGUCAACGGACAAAAUUUUCAUUGAAUUAAUUAAUCGAGAUAUCCUCAUUUACAAUAGAGUUCAAUCUAAAAUAUAGUAAUUUUUCAUUGAGUUAACAUUUUAAUAAGAUGUCAAUAAUUUUUGUAUCAACAUUGCUGAGUUUUAUAUCAACGGAUUUUAUUAUUAAUUAUUAUAUGCUUUUAUAUACUCGCGUAUACUACCUGUUCACCGAUUCAGCGAUACCGUAAUGGCGGCCACUUUCGUCGUAACGAAAGGGUUAAUGCGGUGAAAAGAUUUUUCAAAGAAUAUAACUCAAAACCGCAUAAUGCCAUACGCCGUUACUCUGAAAAGGAGAAAGCAAAACGCUCGUGGAAAAUUGAGACGUCGGACAAACUAAUUUACGCUCCCUCGGCGAUUACCCCGUUCACCCCUGCUCCCCCCCUCCCCAUACCUUGUUAGACUAAGUAGAAACUAGCGACUUGUAAAUUCAUUAAUUGACCCGGUCUUUGAAGGUACGCCACUUUGAAAGUAAAACUUCAACUUGUUCGUAUUUUGCCAAGGAUGAAAGUCCAAUCGAUCUUAUUAUGCGAAAUACCACAAAUGAUAACGGCAAUGAUAAUGACGAUGAUAUUGAUAAUAAAAAUGAAGAUAGAAACCUGCGACCACGUUCGCUAGAUCCAAUCCUUUUCUCUUUGUAGAUAGACUCAAUAGUAAAAUUCUUGUAUAAUCGGCCCUAUAAAUAUGAACAUAAUACGGUCUACAUGCUGUAUAAGUAUGUUACGUAAAGAUUAUUAACGCGAAAUUAUAAACAGAUAUAAAUAUAUUAACAAAAAUACAGCAUUAUUAUCAAAUAUUAUUAUUAUCAUUAUAUAUUAUUAUUAUUAUUAUUAUUAUUAUUAUUAUUAUUAUUAUUAUUAUUAUUAUUAUUAUUCUAUUCUUCAUUAUUACAUUAUUCUUUAUUAUUAUUAUUAUUAUUAUUAUUAUUAUUAUUAUUAUUAUUAUUAUUAUUAUUAUUAAUAUUAUAUUCUUAUUAAAAUUAUUAUUAUAUAUUAUUAUUUGCCCUUGUAAAUACAA